AUGAGUGUGAUCGAUAUUUUAACUCGAGUCGAUUCGAUCUGCAAGAAGUACGACAAAUACGAUGUUGACAAGCAGAAAGAUCUAAAUGUCUCCGGCGAAGAUGCCUUCGCUCGCCUCUACUCCGGCGUCGAAGCCGACAUCGAUGCCGCUCUUCAGAAAGCCUCGGCAGCUUCCAAGGAGAAAAAUAGGGCUUCUGUAGUAGCGAUUAAUGCGGAGAUUCGUCGCACCAAGGCGCGGUUGCUUGAGGAUGUCCCCAAAUUGCAGAGAUUGGCUAUGAAAAAGUUUGCGACCAUUUGUUGGCUAGAAAGUGCAGAAUUUGCUGUGGUGUUUAGUCCUUCAUAUCUAUACUGGGCAACAUCCCUUUAUUCUCAGGUACCCCAGCUUGGUCGUUCCUGUGAUGUUGCAGAGGAAUAUGGAGUUUCACUGGCCUCUGUAUCUUUUAAGGCCAUUUUUUGCCAUGUCUUCUGUUUCUGUUGUUUUCUUCCUGUCAAAGGGCUUUCAACAGAAGAAUUUGCUGCCCGUAAUGAUUUGGUUCUUGCGCUGCCAGAUAGGAUCGAAGCCAUACCAGAUGGGACUGCAGGCGCACCCAAACAAAGUGGAGGCUGGACAUCUUCAGCUUCUCGUGCGGAAAUCAAGUUUGAUUCAGAUGGGCGGUUUGACAGUGAAUAUUUCCAGCAAACUGGCGAGUCUAAUCAAUUCAGGCAAGAGUAUGAAAUGCGGAAAAUGAAACAGGACCAAGGUUUGGAUAUAAUAGGAGAAGGUUUGGACACAUUGAAGAACAUGGCCCAUGAUAUGAAUGAGGAAUUGGAUAGGCAAGUUCCUUUGAUGGAUGAGAUUGACACUAAGGUGGACAAGGCAACAUCUGACCUAAAGAAUACCAAUGUUAGACUUAAGGACACUGUUAACCAGCUGAGGUCUAGUCGAAAUUUCUGUAUCGAUAUUAUCUUGUUGUGUAUAAUAUUGGGAAUUGCCGCCUAUUUGUACAAUGUAUUGAAGAAGUAAAAUGGUAAAAAAAGGGCUGUUGGAUCUGUUGCUGUGAGAUUGGCUUUGUCUGUUUUGUUUGUUGCAUUUAUAGAGGGGUCCUGCCAUGUGCUUGAAUCUUUGUUUCAUUUGCUCUUUCAACCUCUGUAUGUCUUUGUGACCUGGAGAGAAUGUACUCUUGUCUUUUAAGUACAGAUUGGAUUCCGAUGGCUUCUGUAUUAAUUUAUUAUUUUGUUGAAGUUCACAUUUUAAUGAUUUUUUUUUUGUUUUUUAUCUCCUCAGUUAUAGGAGAAGUUGCAUUGUAGUCCCUGAAGUAUGCAAUAGUCUCAUUUUGGUAUCUUAACUUCUAAUCGUGUCAUUUUG